AUGACCCAAAUUGUUAAAAAAAGAAAAACCAUCGACAGUGAUGUUGUCACUGCCAAACAGGCAUCCAAAGUCUUCUCACCAUUUAGAAUCGUUGGUAAUGUCAGCAAUGGUGUCCCAUUCGCCGUAGGUACUUUAGGAUCCACAUUCUAUAUUGUUACUAGUAUUGGUAAAUCUUUUCAAAUAUAUGAUGCCAACAAUUUACAUCUUUUAUUCAUCUCUGAAAAGGAAACUGAAUCUCCCAUCACUACAUUAGCGACACAUUUCCAUCAUGUAUUUGUCGGGUUCGAUAAUAAAGUCGGAAUCUACAAACGUGGUAUUCAAGAACAUUUAAUUGCACUAGAAGAUACUAAAGCCCAUGUCAAGCAAAUCUGUGUCUUUGGUGAAUAUUUAUGUAUCGGAACAGACGACAAUUCCAUUUUCAUUUACAAAAAGAAAUUAUCUCAAGACAAAUAUGCAACAGACUUCUAUACCAAACUAUCAAUCACACCAUUACAAGGUGGACCAAUGAUCUCAAUCCAUCAUUUAGCCACAUACCUAAACAAGAUUGUGGUGGUCACCAAGAACAACGUCUUACUUUUCAACAUUCGUACGGGGAAACUAUUAUAUUCCUCUCCUGAGUUCCCUGACCAAAUCACUGCAGCAGAACCUGCCCCUGCAUUAGAUAUUAUCGCUCUAGGUACAAUCACAGGGGACAUAAUCAUGUUCAAUAUGAAGAAGGGUAAAAAAAUCCGUACCAUAAAGAUGCCAAAUUUGAAAAUCUCCACCAUCUCAUUCAGAACAGACGGAUCCCCUCAUAUAUGUAUUGGUACUCAUUCAGGAGACCUAGUAUUUUAUGACCUGAAUCGUCGUUCUCGUAUCCAUGUUCUGAAAAACAUUCAUAGAGAAAGUUUCGGUGGUGUAACUAAAUCCACAUUCUUGAACGGUCAACCCAUUCUCGUAACUUCAGGUGGUGAUAAUUCAUUGAAAGAGUAUGUGUUUGAUCCAUCAUUAUCCACCACUACAAAUGAUAUAGACGGAGGAGAGAAUGUGGUGCAACCUCCAAGAUUCUUACGUUCUAGAGGUGGUCACUCUCAACCUCCUAGUGCGAUCACGUUUGCUGAUGAUGAAUCUCAUUUCUUGUUGUCUGCUUCUAGAGAUAAAUCAUUAUGGGGGUUUUCUUUAAGGAAAGAUGCACAAUCUCAAGAAUUAUCACAAAGGGUUCAUAAGAAACAAGAUGGUGGGAGAGUUGCUGGUAGUACAAUUAAAGAGAAAUUCCCUGAAAUUAUUUCUAUGGCAAUUGAAAAUGCUAGGAUUGGUGAUUGGGAAAAUAUCGUGACUGCUCAUAAAGAUGAAAAAUUUGCCAGAACUUGGGAUAUGCGUAAUAAAAGAGUUGGGAGAUGGAGUUUGAAAUUGACAGAUGAUGGUGUUGUGAAAUCAGUUGCUUUGUCACAAUGUGGUAAUUUUGCCUUUGUGGGGUCAUCAAAUGGUGGUAUUCAUGUGUAUAAUAUGCAAAGUGGUAUUUUACGUAAGAAAUAUAAAUUGCAUAAGAAGGCAGUUACAGGAAUUGCAUUAGAUGGUAUGAAUCGUAAGAUGGUUUCAUGUGGUCUUGAUGGUCUUGUUGGGUUUUAUGAUUUCAAUAAAUCUACUUUGCUAGGUAGAUUACAAUUAGAUGCACCAAUCACAUCUAUGGUUUAUCAUCGUUCAUCAGAUUUAUUUGCCCUAGCGUUAGAUGAUUUAUCAAUUAUUGUCAUUGAUGCGAUGACUCAAAGGGUUGUUCGUCAAUUAUGGGGUCAUAGUAAUAGAAUUACAUCAUUAGAUUUUUCACCAGAUGGUCGUUGGAUUGUUUCUGCUUCAUUAGAUUCUACGAUUAGAACAUGGGAUUUACCAACAGGUGGAUGUAUUGAUGGUAUUAAAUUAGAUAAUGUUGCAACGAAUUUGAAAUUUUCACCACAUGGUGAUAUGUUAGCUACAACACAUGUAUUGGGGAAUGGUAUUUGUAUAUGGACUAAUAGAGCUCAAUUUAAAGCUAUUUCGACAAGAAGUAUCAAUGAAGAAGAAUUUGAAAAACUAUUAUUACCAAAUGGGUCACUUUCUGGGAAUGAAACAUUGUUAAGUGGGGCCUUUGAUGAUUCUAUUCAAGAGGAAGACUCUGGCAUGGAUUUGAAUAUGUAUAGUUCAUUGGAACAAAUUAAUGAAUCGUUAUUAACGUUAUCUAUGGGUCCAAGAAACAAGAUGAAGACACUAUUAAACCUGGACGUUAUUAGAGAAAGAUCUAAACCCAAGGAAGCUGUAAAGAAACCAGAAAAGGCUCCAUUUUUCCUUCAAUUAUCAGGUGAAAAGGUAGGUGAUGAAGCAAGUGGUAGAGAAGGUGUUAGCAUUGAGGAGACUCCAGAAAAAAUUGCGCAACGUGAAAUGGCGAAUAAUAAAAUAAUUGAUGCUGAAGAACAAUUAAAUAAAUUCAAACCUACAAAGGGGCAUGCUGUAUUUGAAUCUAAAUUUACCAAAUUAUUGAGAGAAGGUCAUGAAAUUGAUAACUAUGAAUUAUUCUUAAACAAUUUGGUUACUUUAUCACCUGGUACCAUUGAUUUAGAAAUUAGAUCAAUCAAUGCCUUUGAACCGUUUGAUGAAAUUGUUUGGUUUAUUGAAUCGUUAACACAAGGUUUGAAAAGUAAUAAGAAUUUUGAAUUAUAUGAAGCAUUUAUGAGUUUAUUAUUUAAAGCACAUGGCGAUGUCAUUCAUAGUAACAAUCGUGAUGUUGGUAUCAAUGAAGCAUUAAAGAAAUGGGAAGAGGUGCAUAAACAAGAUGAUGACAAAUUAGAAGAGUUGGUUAAAUUCUGUUCAGGUGUCAUUAGUUUUGUAUCGACGGCAUGA